CGGUCCAAGCUUUGCAUCUGUGACAAGCGAUAUCACAAGCAAAGUAUUUACCGUACCAAAAUAAGAGGCCCCCCUCCCCUUUCUCACCUUUAGAAAACUCUGUAUCUUUCUCUCUCUUAUUGAGAAAGCAAAAGGAUGGCGCACCCUCUUCACCGGCAACGUCGUCGACGACGUUAGCUGCAGUGCUCGAAUCAACGCCGGUCAGUGACGGGGUAGUGGUGAUGGAGAUGGGGGAGGGUGUUUGUGUUGAUAAAAACAAGCGAAACCAACAAAUAAAACGAUACCACGAUUCAUCUUGAAGUUCUUGGAUGAAGAUUUUGGUGAUGUUAGCUAUCGUUUUGCAUAUGUUUCUUUUUGUAAGAGAAAUCUCAAGAAAUAGAUAUGAUAGCAUGAUGAAAUCGAGGUCUCAUCCAUAGUUGUGGAGUUAAGCAGUACGAGUGAAGAGAAAAUUCCUGAAAGAAGGUGAAAUUCAUUGCGAAGCUUAUGCUAGUAACCCAUGGAUGCUGAAUGGAUAGUUUCGCUUUUGACAAAUAAAUUUCAAGCCCUUCUUCUUGAUGAGGCAACUAUAGCCAACCCCAAGUUGAGAAUUCAAGUUGAGAGGGCCACCCAUAAGCUCCAAUCAAUUCAAGAAUCCUUAAAAGACAAUUCAAGAUAUGAUGAGCAGAUGACUAGGUUUCUUCUGCUUGCAGUUUACUCUGUAGAAUAUGCCACUGCUAGUUUCCUGACAAGAACAUUGCUGCAAAGACAGAAAUUGAGUGGUUCAAGUCAUAAGUGUCAAAAUUUUACCGGCUUGACAUACGUAUGGAGCCAGUUUUUGUUCAGUUUUCAGAUCAAGAAAUUCAUGGCACAGAUAGAAAGUAUCGUUGGCUAUAAUGGCAACAUCUCUAGAUCAAGCUUGCAAACUGGAAGCAAAACAACCCAGCAGCAGCAACGGCGACGGGGAAUAAAUUCUGGUUCUCAUUUUGAUGAGGAUAAAGCUGUUGUUGGUUUUGAGGAUCAGGUACGGGAGUUGACAGCUCGAUUAGUUCCGGAGCAAGAAAGCAGUCAGGCUGCUACCGAAGUCAUUCUACUGGUGGGAGAGGGAGGCUCUGGAAAGACAACACUGGCAAGGAUUGUGUAUGGAAGUGUCAGAAUUAAGCGGCAUUUCAAGAACCGUGUAUGGGUUAAUGUGUCUAAUUAUUUGUUCAGAGCCAGAGAUGUUAUGUUUGCCAUGUUAAAACAAGCUGAUGAGAUGGCAGCUGAGGCAGAAGAGCCAAUUCUGGAACAAGAUAUGAUGUCAAGGCUCAGUGAACUUUUGCGAGCGGAGAGAUACCUCAUUGUUGUUGAUGAUGUUGGGGCACCAGAAGUUUGGAAAAGACUAAGCGAUGUGUUUCCAAACUCGAAUAAUGGUAGCAGGAUAGUUAUUACAACCCGCAAUGCAAAUGUAGCAGCAUAUGCCACUUCUUCAACUCUGCAGAUAGGCAGAUUAAACAAUGAGGAGAGCUGGGAACUGUUCCUAAAGAAUGUAUGCAUAGAAGAAGGUAAUUUAAAUGAUAAUUCUGUUUUGAGCACAUUCAAGGAGCGGAUCCUGAAAUUAUGUGGCGGUUUGCCUCUGGCAAUCAUCUUGAUGGGAGGUUUGCUAUCAAUGAAAGAAUCAAGUCAUGGUGACUGGGCAAGAGUGAUAGAGAAUGCCAAUAGUGUUAGUGGAGAUGUCUUGGCUCUGAGCUACCUAGAACUUCCUUCUCAUAUUAAGCCCUGUUUUCUUCAUAUGGGACUCUUCCCAAAAGCAUCUGAGGUCCCUGUGAGGAGAUUGCUUCAGCUAUGGAUUGUUGAGCAAUUAGUGACACCUUCGCAUCUAGGGGAAUUAGCAGCUGAAGAUGUGGCAGAUAUGUAUUUGGAAGAACUAAUUAAUAGAAACAUGAUUGAGGUUGCAAGAUGGAGGUCCGAUGGAAUCCCAAAAGCAUGCUGUAUGCCUGGUGCCUUAUAUGAUGUCUUCACCCAAAAAGCUGCUGAUAUGGGACUAUUUCACAUCAAUUGCAAGUCGCAUUUUAUAGCUGGAUAUCAACCACCAUUUGCAGUCAAGAGACUCGCAUCAUACUUGGGCAGCAACAACUACCCUUCUUCGGAUUAUUACAUUCAAAAUCUUUGUUCUUUUGUAUCCUUUAGCACACAAAGAAGAGGUAUACCAGCUGUGGAAAUUGGUAAGUUCCUAAACAAGAUCAUCCUAAGUAGAGACGUAGCCUGGUUGACUGUACUUGAUCUUGAGGGUGUUUACAAGCCUAGGCUGCCUAAGACACUUGGAAAACUGUUGAACUUAAAGUACCUAGGCUUAAGAUCAACUCUUUCCGAAUUUCUUCCAGAGUCAGUUUGUGAUCUGCCAUGCUUGGAGAUGUUGGAUGUGAAGCACACUAUGAUAUCCACUUUGCCUAGUUCCAUUUGGAUGGUAAAAAGCUUGCGACAUCUGUAUAUGGAUUGGAUUCAUUUUGGUGAUUUGCCCAAUCAAGUGUCAUCUGAUUCACAUCUGUUAGCAAAGCUUCACACCUUAUGGGGGCUAUCAAUAAGCGAGCAAAGUCCCAUGUUGAAUAUAUUGAACAAGAUAACAAGUCUUAGAAAGUUGGGAUUAAAAUUCAGUUUAGCAUCACAGGAGCUUAUGAACAACUGGAUUUCACAACUGACCAACCUUCAGACUCUAAGGUUAAGGUCAGUAAAGAAAUCUGGUGAACGUGGAACUAUCAGAUUGAGUACCAUGGCGGAUCAUCAGAACCUGUUGGACUUAUAUUUGCUUGGAGUGUUACCGAGACCAAUUAAUUUUAAACACCUACCACCAAACCUUAAAGUUCUUACUUUGUCAAUGACACAACUAAGAAAAGACCCAAUGCAAAUGCUAGGACAGUUGCCUUACCUCAACGUCCUCAGACUUUUUGCUGAUUGCUAUUUAGGGGAAGAAAUGUCGUGUCGCAGUGGAGGAUUCCCUCUACUCCAUGUCUUGAAAGUGUGGAAGCUUAUUGAGCUAAAGGAGUGGACUGUGGAGGAAGGGGCAAUGCCUUGCCUUAGAGAGCUAGAAAUUAGAGCCUGCAAAAGUCUAGAGAGGCUUAAUGGAUUGAGAGAGGUGACUACACUGAAGGAAUUGAUACUAACAAAUAUGCCAUCACAUUUCACAACAGAUGUUAAAGAGAGCAUCAGAGAAGAUGUAUUCAUCAAAGAAAAUAAGUGGAAACCUUGUCCUUUGCUGGCUUAAGAGCAGCCCAAGCAAACCAAGAGUCAGAGACAACAGUCUUCAGAAGCAAGACCGUCAUUCUGUGUUCACAAUUGGAAGUAGCCUUGAUUGUCAUUUUCCUGUCUUCUCAUCAACUGUUGUUUAGCUAAUUGUUGAAAGUCAAACAUAUAUGGGUGCUUUUACUUCUUAGAAAAUUGGAAAAUUUUUCAAAAAUUUUUCUUACUCGUUGGGUCACUGGCCCCGCAGGGAGUUUCGGGUUUAAUAUCGAUAUUUUAGCAAAAAAUCCAA